UCAAUAAAAAAAGCGCGUUAAUUUUUUUUUCGGCAACAAGCACCAUUUUUAACAACACGGCCUUCACGCUGGAUAUCAUCAGUAUGGAGCCGUUUUACGACGGUGACCUCAAGGAUAUAUGGGAUUCCGACUUAGAUCCGUCGGAUACCCUAAAACUUUCAACAGAUUCAGAUAUGACAGACUGGUUUCUGGAGCGUGAUGUCAAAAUGCCUGCUGUAAUAUUGAAUGAUAAAUUAAUAUCAGAUGCAUUACUUGGUACCCUGCCAAUAAAAUCAGAACAUUCAUAUAGCCUUAAUUCAGAUGGCGAUUCAAUGCCUGAUUCACCUAAAAGUCUGCACACAAAAAUGGACGACAUGGACGAUGAAUGUUAUCCAUCUAUACCAAUGAAAACAGCUACAAAUAACACACGUCGCAUAUGUGAACCAACAUCAUCAGCACACAGCAUGUCAUCAACAUUGACAAGCCACCAUUCGACACUGUCCAGCAGUAAUCCAUUGCUUACAGCUUUGCCACGUGUCAGCACAAUAAACAUUUCCAAUAGCAACUGUAAUAGCACAAACACAUUCAGCUUUUCAAACAAUAGCUGUGGCAGCAGCACCAGCAGCAGCGGAACAAAAACUUCCACCACCACACCACUCACCAUAAAUCUGCGCUCAACAAAACAGCUACAACAACACCAGCAGCUAAUGCAACAGCAACAACAAGCUCUAGCGACCAGCAUACGAAAUGAUAGUAUUUCAACUGCAUCCUCCUGCUCAGACAUUGAUAUUGAUGAAACACCCUGCAUUAAGGACGAACCAAUGUCGCCAGAAUCAAGCUGCCCGCCAAGUCCCAAUUCACAAGCCUUUACAUCUAAUGCCUUGAGUGUAAAUAUGGCGAACAUAGCUGCCUCUACUAAUUCAGACCUCGUCUUUGAACAUAAGAGUGGCUCCCUUCAAAUCACACCAGCCUCCAAGAGUCUCCUCAAAUCGCAGCAAUAUGUCUUUGGCAAUUCGGGUCAAAACAUUAUCAUACCAAAAGUUAACAUCAAAGUGGAACCCUCUCAACAAAAUGGUCAAGUCUUUGGACUACCACCAACACCGCCAUCAUCGUUGCCCAGCGACGAAUCAGAAGGAAAUCAAAGUCCUGAACAUCAUUUGGUUUCACCAAUGUCUCCACCUGCACCACAACAAAUAAAUCUCUCUUCGCCAUCAACAUCUGCGCAAGGAGCAACAGCCACAACCUCCUCCUCAUCAUCUACGCCCACAUCGCGAAGGAGCACUUCUAGCUCACACAGUGCAUCUAGCUCACCCGUCUCGCAUGCCAGCAAUUCGUCAAGAACAUACAGUGGCUCUUCGACAAGGCAACCUAUUCACACGCCAUUAAUCAGCUCACAGCCGAAAGGAUCAACUGGCACCCUAAUGUUAACAGAAGAAGAAAAACGCACACUCUUAGCUGAGGGAUAUCCAAUUCCAACAAGAUUGCCGCUUACAAAAACCGAAGAAAAAUCUUUGAAGAAGAUAAGGAGGAAAAUCAAAAAUAAGAUAUCAGCACAAGAAAGUCGUCGCAAGAAAAAAGAAUACAUGGAUCAGCUAGAGCGUCGAGUUGAAGUUUUAGUCUCUGAAAAUACCGACUACAAAAAACGAGUUGAUACUCUUGAAGAUUCCAAUGCCAGCCUUCUUAGUCAAUUGCAUAAACUUCAAGCUCUAAUUAAUAAACAAAAUUCCAAAAAAGCUUAAAUGUGCUUACAAAAAAAAAAACAUUACAAACAACAAAAUCUAUGAAUGAACCUGGAAAAAAACAAGUAAAAUUAUAUACAUAUAUAAAAAUAAUUUAUCAUUUUCUCAAAAUUAUAUAACAAAAAUGAAAUAAAAAAAAUAUAUUUAUAUUUAAAAGCAACACGGUGAAACUUAAAAGUAUUUUUUUAAAUAUAAAAUAACGUACAUAAUAUAAAAAUAACGAAAGAAAAAACAAAACACCAAUUAAAUGUUAAUUACUUACAUUAAUUUAUUGCAACGACCAAAUAGACAAACAACAACAAAACAUAAAAAAAAGAGAAAAUAUUUUAAAUUAAAAAAAAAUUUAAAUAAAAAAUGUAAAAGGCACUAAGUAUAAAACAAACAUUCCAUCCAGGAAACAAAAGAAAGGCUAAAUGGAUAUAUUUUGUUGAAUUUUUUUUUACAAAAAAUCUAACACAUUCCAUUUUAUUUUCUUGAAUUUAAACAAAAAAAAAAUAAAGUAAAAAACAGAAUAAUAAUAAAACAAAGUUAAAAAAUGUUUAUUGAUAUUUUUUGAUAGUUUUUAUAUUAUCACUUAUAAAUCAUAAAUCACUUUGUGUUAAAGUGUUGUACAAAUAUUAUAAAUGUUCCGAUUUACAACUUAAACUACUAACAAUUUACACUAAAAAAAAAAUUACAUAGAAUAUUUUUAAAGUUUUAAAUUUGCUUUGAUUUCAUUAAACAUACAUAACAUAAAUUUAUAUAAAAUGUACAUAAAUAAUUAACAAUAUUUUAUUUUUUGUUUUUAUUUUAAAUCAUGACAAACGAAAUAAAAAAUGCAUAUAUUACUAUAUAUGCUACAAAAAAAUAUAUAAACAUAUAAAAAAAAUAUAUUAAUAUACUUGUCUUGUUGUAUAAAUGGCUGUAAAUUUCUUUUUUUUAACUAAAAAACAUUUAAUAUUAUUCAAUUUUUUUUUUAAUUAAAAUAUUUUAAUUUUAGAAUAAUUUUAUUUUUUAAUAUUUAAUACAAUUUUCUGUACCUAUAAAACGCAUAGAGGAAAUCCGGGAAAAAUUGCAAUGUUUCUAUUUUGAAAGAAAAAAAAAAUAUAUUACCUAUACUUUUUUCAUUUGUUUUUGGUAAAAAGUUUCGUAAAUAAAAAAAAUAAAUCUUAUAUUAUAUUUAUGUGUCUCCGUCUUUUCGUGCAAUUAGUUUAGUUAAAAUAUUUUACUGCACUUUUAUAGUCAAUUUUUUGUAGUUUAUAAAUGUAUUUUAUUAUUUUUUUGUUUGGUUUAUAUUAAAUGCACGGAAAUUUUUUAAUAUUUGUUAUUCUAAAAUGUAUAUUCAAAGAAAGAAAAAAAAGAAAAGAUACAUUCAGCAGUACCUACUUGAUGUGUGCAGCUGAAUAGAGGCUUUUAGUCAAUUUUAAUUUACAUUAUGUUUUAAUAAUGUUUUUGCUUAUAAAAAAAUUUAUCACAAUUGAGUGCCUAGAAAUAUUUUUUAUUUUGCUGAAUUGCUUAAUCCUCUCUCAUGUAAAAUGCUUUGAAUUUUUGUUUUAAAAAAGUUUUGUUUAUUAUUAUUUUGCUGUAAUUUUGUUUUGAGAAAUGUUAAGAAUCUUAUAAUUUGCUGAAUAUGUAGAAUGUCUUAAGAUUUUGUAAGCACAUUCAUAAAUUUUAUAUGGAAAGCCAAAAAAUCAUCCCUACUGAAUUUUUACACACCAGUCAGCACUUAUUUAUUUCUUUCAAAAACAUUUUGCCUCAUGAGUGGCACUCAUAUUUUUCUUAAAUAAUUCCAAUUUCUUUUGAUUAUUUUGCUGAAUGUGUGGAGUGUCUUAGGUUUUGUAAACGCUUUAUAUGUAUAUUUAACUUGUGAAGACUUUUUAUUUUUUUUUUUUUUAUUUUAAUAUGUUUUUUUAAACACUCAAAAACAUUUUUUAAAACAUACCACUUUUAAAUAUUUUGCUGUAUAUGUUGAGCCUCUUGAAAUGUAGUGAACAGAUAUUAUAGUUUAUUAGAAAGCUUUGUUCUUUUUUAAAAAUCAUUUAAAUUCAGCAAAAAUCAUGUCAGUAAUACAAAUUGUUUAAGAGAAUGCUGAAUAAAUAAAAUUUCUUCAAAUUUUGUCAGCACAUAGAAAUGAUUGAAAAAUACUUCUUUUCAUAAUCUUUGAGGUAGUUUCUUAAGCAAAAUACAAUUUAACAAUUCAUAAAAGCAAAAGUUUUUUUGGUCACAAGAAAAAUGGAUAGUUUCAGUGUUGAAAAAAAAAAAUUAUUAAUCUAUCAGGCAUUCGUUAUUGUAAAAAAAAAAAAAGUGGCUUUUUAGUCUUGUUACUUAUUUUCAUUUUAUUUUAACUAUUUAUUUUACUUAUGUUUUCUUUUUUAAUAUUAAUUUUAAAAUGCUUCAACUUCCGAGCCGUUUUUUUAUUUUGUAUAAUUUUUCUAUAAAUCCAGAACUUCCAAUUUUGGUUUAAAUUGUUACUUAAAAUACAUAAAACAAAAGUUACAUCAUAAAAUGCAUAUUAAAGAAAAUUUUUAAAUAUUUCCGUCAGAAUUUUGAAUAGUCAUAUAUUUUAAUUUUUUAGUUAAUAGUUUUUUAUUUUUAAAUUUUAAUUUUAACUUUAUUAUCAUUUUAUGUAUAAAAUUAUUCUGCUUGAUUUUUUAUUUAAAUUGCUACCCAGAAGAACGAUAUAUAUGAUAUACCUAAAUAAAAAAAUCAUUUGUUUACUAAUUUUAGUUUUAAGUUUGUUUAUAAUUUUAUUGUAA